GAAGUCCCUAUAAUAUUCACACCUCCCUCUGUUGCUAAAGGUUUCUACUGUCCAGUAGACACUUUGAACUGUAAUGUGUUUCUGUUACGACUCCAUUGCUGUCGUACCCAUUUGAUCUAAUCUAUAUGUUUGCUUGCGUAUGUAUCGGAUUGUGACAACUGUUAUUUCACCGCAAAUGAAUUGUCGAUAUGAAAUGCAUCGAAUUCCAUUUUCUGUUAACCUCUUCCGGCUUCCGUCCUUUCCGUUCGAACUCACAACUUUAAGGUAAUGUAACUUUAAGGUAGUUUGCUGUCGUUCAAAGCAGAAGACAACUUCAUCACAGUUUUGUGAGAUUCUAGUUGGUUGCCCAUGGCUGUCAGUCGAUUGGACGUCCUUUACAGACGGCUUCUACUCACCAAGCUCUUCAUACAGGGCUGGGGAAAACCUGAAGAUUUUAAGAGAAUCUUCGAGUUCCGUAAAAUCAUUGGGGACAGAGAGAGAUGCAAGCACCUGGUGCCAAAAGACUAUCCGGUUUACAUGGAUAAGAGAGAAGACCACUUCGACUGUCAUAUCCAUAAUGGGUACUUCAUUUCUCCUAUGGAACACUUGGUGCCUGGAAUACUGCCAACAGAGGCUGUUAAAGCAAGGUUUCAAUUCAUAGUUCCGAAGAGGUGGCAGAGAAAUAAACCAGUAUGCAUCCACUUGGCUGGGACUGGAGACCAUUUUUUCUGGCGUCGACGAACCCUUAUGGCCAGACCGAUGGUCAGAGAGGCGGGAAUGGCCUCCCUGCUGCUGGAGAACCCUUACUAUGGCUACCGUAAACCUAAAGACCAGCUGCGGUCCUGUUUGAAGAACGUCUCCGACCUGUUGGUGAUGGGCGGAGCUUUGAUCCUGGAGUCAGCCGUCCUCCUCAACUGGCUGGAGAGAGAAGGCUUCUGGCCACUGGGGAUGACUGGCAUCUCAAUGGGCGGUUAUAUGGCGUCUCUGUCUGUGACUAACUGGCCCAAACCCAUUCCUCUGAUUCCUUGUCUCUCCUGGUCGACUGCAUCGAGUGUCUUCACCACGGGUGUUUUGAGUAAAGCUGUGAAUUGGCGAGAACUGGACAGGCAGUAUGCAAUUAACUCAGUUUAUGAAGAGGAAAUUAGUAAGUUUCUUGAAUACUGUGGGGUGGAUUCUUUUAAAUGGGCCCAGGAUCUAGUAAAUAUCUCCCAGGACAGUUUGAGUUCACUAGACCAUCUGGUGUCUUUCAGUGGAGAUGGAGAAGAAACAAUCCGUUAUCCCAGAUAUAGAGUGGGGAUAAGUGGGGAAUCGGAUGGAAACAGUUCUGAAGAUGCACUAGAAAAAAAUGUCUCAAACAAUAGGAGACAUUGCUUUGACACUCUUCCAAGGCCAGCUAAUGAUGCUGUACCGACUGACAGCAAGGACUCUGCAACUAACUAUCAGCCAUUCUCACAAUGGGAGUCUCUUCGUUUCAUGAAGGGAGUAAUGGAUGAAUGUACACACAUGGCUAACUUUCCACUCCCUGUAGAUCCCAGUCUUAUUAUUGUGGUUCAAGCGGAGGAGGACGCCUACAUACCUCGUACCGGAGUCCUCAGUCUACAGCAGAUAUGGCCUGGAUGUGAAGUCAGAUACAUUAAGGGAGGACAUAUCGGCGCGUAUCUAUUCAAACAGAACCAUUUCAGAAAAGCCAUCUAUGAUGCCUUUGACAGAUUCCAACAGAAAUACUCAAACCAUUAAUAGCAAGGACAGCCAUGGAUACCUUUUUCCAAGAACAAACCAAAGACUUGGAUGAAAUACUACACUGAACUGAACACAUUUGCCUAUACUCCUUGAGGAACAUUAUGUAGUUCAACAAUCACGAUUUUCUUACAUAAUCUCUGCACACAACUGUUUGAAAUAUCAGUUUAAGCUUCAAACUGGUUGAAAUAAACUUGCCUACUAUUAUUAACUUAAUUGGAAUUCGAUGAAUGAAUACAUGGUGGUUCCAUUAAAGGUCCCAUGGCAUGCUACUUUAUGGAUGCUUUAAUAUAGAUAUUAGUGGGUCCCAAAAACAGUAUUUGAAGACGUACCUGAAAUUCAGCCGUGGUAUGCAGAAUUGCAGCCACUACGAGCCAGUCGCACAUUGAGCUUUUCCCCAAACGUGCCGUUUCGGUGUCUGUAGCUUUAAUGCAAAUAAGGAGGAGAGAGGAGGGUGGGGGUGUGGUCCUGAGCAGCUUGCGGCCACGGUACCAUGCGCUCUGUUUACAGUGGAUGUAUCGCAAUGGCGAGGCGCACACAGCCUUUGGCCGUGUUCUGUAAAUAUUCUAGAUCAUAUUCAUCAUAUUAUACAUAGAUAUCUAUAUCAUAUAAUAUAUAUUAUCAUGGCCGAAUGCUAUGUGAGCCUCCAGACGAUAUUAUGAAUCUCAAACGACUGCGUCGUUCUUCCGCUUCCACAUCAAUCUGAAGUAGACUGAACCACGACAUGGAGGAGAAAGGGAUUGUUGCCCGCGAAUGUCUCCCGCUUGAGCCCCAUGUCGUGGUUCAUGUACUUCAGGGAGUCCGAGCCAAAGUUCCUUUCCCCCAAUUCCUUCUCAACCAUGGCUGACAUAACCCCCACUAUGAGUCUCGUUGUGGAAAUACCAGAGACGACGUGUUAUGCGCCAUAACACCAACAGCAGAACGGUUAUCCAAAUAAAAAAAGUGUACAACACUUGCGUUACAGUGUGUGUAGUCACACACACACACACACACACACACACGUGGCGCUCGCACGGUCGUAUCUCAUUGGCGGGCCAAAUUCUCUGGGCUGGCAAGGCAGAGAAAGGGGAGGUGGCAUCUCCCCUUAUGACGAUCUACGGGGAAAAUUCCAAAACGGCGCGUUUGAGUAGGGGUGGGUAUGGCCAGGUAUACCUCACAAUUCAAUUAAAUUCGAUUCUUUAGAUCUUGAUUAGAUUCGAAAUCGAUUUGAUAUUGAUCCAAUUGCUUCGAUAUCGAUUCAAUAAAACGUGUAGAUUACAAAAAUACCUAAAUAUUAUUUAGAAUUAACCAUUUCAAAAUGAAUUAACCAUUUCAUUGUGCUUUAACUACCAAAAAGGGAAUACACCAUUGUAUAGUAUUGUUCCUGAGCUAAACUUGCAGCAUAAAAGUAAUAAUGAUAACAUGGACAAAUGUAAAAGGGCAUGUACAUUUAGGCAUACUCGCUUCUAGAUUACAAUGACUGAAUAUGCUUUUUUUUUCUUUUUUUUUUUAAUGGAAAUAAUCGAUUUAAAAAAAAAUCUUAAUCGAAAUUGAAUCGAGAACAAAUAAAUUGCAGUGCACUGAUGAAUCGCUAUUUUUACCCAGCCCUACGUCUGAGCUUUGUUUUUUCAAAGGCGGAGCAGAAUGCCUAGUGCUCAUUUUACACCCAACGAAAUUUCUAGCUACUGGUGGAGCAUAGGUAGGCGAGGGGAACUCAUACUAAUGUUAGAAAACCUCAGAAAGUGAAAUUUUCAUGCCAUGGGAUCUUUAAAAUGAGAUUUUGUGUGUAGAACUUUUCAGGAUAUUUCACUGAGGCACGCCCCCUUUUAACCUGUCCCACUCGGGCUCCUGAGAGUCCACUGAGUUCAGCGAGGGUAACCGUACGACUCGACAAACAGAUGGCAGCGCCCGUAAUGAGAUGUAUUUGUAAUGAGAUUAGAUUUUUCAAUGCUUCCACAUUGAAUUGCAUUUUCUAAGUGUAGGAAUGCGGCAUCAAAUCCUGCUUACUAAACAGGCCUAUUCUGGUGUGUUCUUCUUCUGUGUUAGGCCCAAGUCUCCCUGAAAGUGAACUAUUUUAUAUAAUUUGUGGAACAAAGACUAUAAGGGCAGGGACGUUGGAAGUAGGGGUGCGGGGGGUGCGACCGCACCCCCGCAAACCGACACUUACGUUUUGAAAACCGAAACUUAACUAUCACCUGGCUGGGCUGACUUGAGUUGGAGCAGCCAAAUAGCCUGAAUUAAUAAAUAUUGUUAAUAAAAAUAAGUAAUGUGUA